AGGAAUUCCUACCUGCCUACCACGUCCAGUGUCCCCUCACAGUCGCAUCAGCCUCCGAGAAGAAGAGAAACAUGGGCAGACAGAAGAUGUAUUUGGACAAACUGUCCCGCUUCUUCCAGAUCCGCAACCUGUUGCUUCGGCAGGCGCUGGCAGAGUGUCUUGGCACCCUCAUCCUUGUGAUGUUUGGCUGUGGUGCUGUGGCCCAGCUGGUUUUGAGCGGCGGUUCCCAUGGCAUGUUCCUCACCGUCAACUUUGCCUUCGGCUUUGCUGCCACCUUAGGCAUCCUGGUCUGUGGACAAGUAUCAGGAGGCCAUCUGAACCCUGCAGUGACUUUUGCCCUGUGUCUACUCGGAAGAGAACCCUGGAAGAAAUUCCCCAUGUAUUUCCUCUUUCAGACAAUCGGCGCUUUCUUUGGUUCCGCCAUCAUUUUCGCGAUGUACUACGAUGCUCUGUGGGACCAUCCCGGAAAUUUCCAUGUGAGUGGUCCUAAUGCCACAGCUGGCAUCUUUGCCACGUACCCUGGAAACCAUCUCACCAUUGUCAAUGGAUUCUUUGAUCAGAUAAUUGGCACGGCAGCGCUAAUCGUCUGUAUUCUGGCUAUCGUGGACCCAAACAACAACUCCAUUCCCCAGGGGCUGGAGGCCUUUACUGUGGGAUUUGUGGUCCUGGUUAUUGGUCUGUCUAUGGGCUUUAACUCUGGAUAUGCUGUCAAUCCUGCCAGGGACCUCGGACCACGUAUUUUCACUGCGUUGGCUGGGUGGGGCACUGAGGUCUUCACGGCGAGAAACGGCUGGUUCCUUGUGCCCAUUUUCGCCCCGUUCCUCGGCACCAUCAUCGGCGUGAUGAUCUACCAGCUGAUGGUUGGCUACCACGUGGAAGGAGAAGCACGGGACAGAAAAAGCGCAGAGCAGACAGAAAACGUCCGACUCACCAACGUCGACUCCAACAACGGCAAAGAAGUGAACUGUUGAAGCCACAAGUGUUUUUUUUUUAAACCACCUUAACAGCUGUUGGGUAACUCCCAAGAUGGCUGUGUGAAAACAGGCCACUCUUUGCUUUAUCAUGUGAUUGCAUAACAAUGUAGAGGAGCAGUUGUAUAUGAGUGUAGAGGAAAGAAACUGAACUUUAGAAAACACAGAAUUACAUUAAUUCUUUUUAAGAGAUGAACAGUUGGAUGUUAGUGUAUGUAGCAUUCACUUUCCACAGUAUUGUAUGCUUUAUACUAAAAUAGCUUUAUGUCACUUUUUAUAUGUGUCUCCCAACUAAUUUCUAUGCAUUUCGUCAGUCCAGGGCCUUUCAAUGUUAAUGUUUGAAUUUGGGGAAAUUGUCAGAAAUUUGUGCAAUUUGAAUUUUAAACGUAAACUCAACGGCUUAAAUAUCUGCAAAUGAAAAUUGUACAUUCAGAAAAAUUGUUCUAUACGAUCACCUCUGCUACGAGCUGACGGAUGGUGGUGAGGAUCCCUCAGCCUUUACUUUACCACUGCUGCAACUGUAUGAAAGCUGCUGUCCUCAUUUUCAACAUAGUAUCCCUGUACAGUGUCAAAGACUUUAUCAGCAGCUCCCACACACGCUGACAAACUACUGUGACAUGUCAUCAGCUCGCAAAGUUGACUAUUUACUCACUGUCGGUAACAAAUGUCACCAGAAGCUUUGGUAGCCGUGCCUUCUCAACUAUCAGGCUGUAAUGUUCAACUUGUAUGACUCCAUGGUUGGGUGCUGAAACUGGACCGUGAGCACCUUUAUUAUUUUAGGUUUGGGGGAAAUGCUUUUGUAUUGAUACAAUAAAGUUGUUUUUAUCGUUGCAGGAAUGCAGCUCACGUUA